CGGAUGUCACAACUCCUUCUUUCCUGCCUAUCCGUUGUCGUGGAGGCAGUGUAUAUCCGUGUCGGAGUUCUUCGUCUAACGGAUCUAUAACCAUCAGUCACAAUGGUGAACUUCACAGUAGACCAAAUCCGUGACAUCAUGGACAAAAAGUCCAACAUCAGGAACAUGUCCGUGAUUGCUCACGUGGACCAUGGGAAGUCCACAUUGACUGACUCUCUGGUGUCAAAGGCUGGCAUCAUUGCUGGUGCUCGUGCCGGGGAGACCCGCUUCACCGACACUCGCAAAGACGAGCAGGAGCGCUGCAUCACCAUCAAAUCCACGGCUAUCUCCAUGUACUACGAGCUGAGCGAAGAUGAUUUGGCAUUCAUCAAGCAAACCAAAGAUGGCUCCGGAUUCCUCAUCAACCUGAUUGACUCCCCUGGCCACGUGGAUUUCUCCUCCGAAGUCACCGCCGCCCUCAGGGUCACCGACGGAGCCCUGGUGGUGGUCGACUGCGUCUCAGGGGUGUGUGUGCAGACCGAGACCGUGCUGCGCCAAGCCAUCGCCGAGAGGAUCAAGCCUGUCCUGAUGAUGAACAAGAUGGACCGCGCCCUGCUGGAGCUGCAGCUGGAGCCCGAGGACCUCUACCAGACCUUCCAGCGCAUCGUGGAGAACGUCAACGUCAUCAUCUGCACCUACGGCGAGGAGGAGGAGGGACCCAUGGGCAACAUCGUGGUUGACCCAAAGAUCGGAACUGUUGGUUUUGGGUCUGGCCUCCAUGGCUGGGCCUUCACCCUCAAGCAGUUUGCUGAGAUGUAUGUGGCCAAGUACUCUGCCAAGGGUGGUGACACCAAGCCAACUGCAGAGGAGAAGAGUAAAAAGGUGGAGGACAUGAUGAAGAAACUUUGGGGAGACAGGUAUUUUGACACUGAUGCUAACAAGUUUAGCAAAUCAUCAGCUGGCGCUGACGGCAAGAAGUUUCCUCGCACCUUCACCCAACUUGUCCUCGACCCAAUCUUCAAAGUGUUUGAUGCCAUCAUGAAAUUCAACAAGGAGGAGACUGCCAAGUUGAUUGACAAGCUGGAUAUCAAGCUGGACAAUGAAGACAAGGACAAGGAGGGCAAGCCCCUGCUGAAGGCCGUGAUGAGGAAGUGGCUGCCGGCCGGAGAGGCUCUGCUCCAGAUGAUCACCAUCCACCUGCCUUCCCCCGUCACUGCCCAGAAGUACCGCUGUGACAUGCUCUAUGAGGGACCUAAGGAUGACGAGGUUGCCAUGGGUAUUAAGAACUGCGAUCCCAAGGCUCCUCUGAUGAUGUACAUUUCCAAGAUGGUGCCCACCACUGACAAGGGCCGUUUCUACGCUUUCGGACGCGUUUUCUCUGGCGUUGUGUCCACGGGUUUGAAGGUGCGCAUCAUGGGUCCAAACUUCACUCCUGGCAAGAAGGAAGACCUCUACCUCAAACCCAUUCAAAGAACCAUCCUGAUGAUGGGGCGUUACGUAGAGCCCAUCGAGGAUGUGCCAUGCGGGAACAUUGUUGGACUGGUCGGAGUGGACCAGUUCCUCGUCAAAACCGGGACCAUUACUACUUUUGAACAUGCCCACAACAUGAGGAUGAUGAAGUUCAGCGUGAGCCCUGUGGUGAGGGUGGCGGUGGAGGUCAAGAACCCUGCUGACCUGCCCAAGCUGGUGGAGGGCCUGAAGCGUCUGGCCAAGUCUGACCCCAUGGUGCAGUGUAUCACUGAGGAGUCUGGGGAGCACAUCAUCGCUGGGGCUGGAGAGCUCCACCUGGAGAUCUGCCUCAAGGACCUGGAGGAAGACCACGCUGGCAUCCCACUGAAGAAAUCUGACCCAGUGGUGUCCUACAGAGAGACCGUUAGCGAAGAGUCUAACCAGGUUUGCCUGUCCAAGUCUCCCAACAAGCACAAUCGUCUGUUCAUGAAGGCCUGCCCCUUCCCUGAUGGCCUGGCAGAAGACAUUGAAAAGGGCGAUGUGACUCCUCGCCAGGAGUUUAAGGCCCGUGCCCGUUUCCUCACUGACAAGUAUCAGUGGGAUGUGUCUGAGUCCAGGAAGAUCUGGUGCUUCGGCCCAGAUGGUACCGGGCCCAACCUGCUGAUGGACGUCACCAAGGGAGUGCAGUACCUCAAUGAGAUCAAGGACAGUGUUGUGGCUGGAUUCCAGUGGGCCAGCAAGGAGGGUGCGCUGUGUGAGGAGAACAUGAGAGCUGUCCGCUUUGACAUCCAUGAUGUGACGCUGCACACAGAUGCCAUCCACCGUGGUGGUGGCCAGAUCAUUCCCACCGCCCGCAGAGUCCUGUUGGCCUGCCAGCUCACCGCCCAGCCCCGACUCAUGGAGCCAGUCUACUUGGUGGAGAUCCAGUGCCCAGAAAAUGCUGUGGGAGGAAUCUACGGCGUGCUGAACAGGAGAAGAGGUCAUGUGUUUGAGGAGUCCAAUAUGAUGGGCACACCCAUCUUCACAGUCAAGGCCUACUUGCCAGUCAAUGAGUCUUUCGGUUUCACAGCCGAUUUGCGCAGCAACACCGGUGGCAAGGCCUUCCCCCAGUGUGUGUUUGACCACUGGCAGAUCCUGCAGGGAGACCCCAGCGAGCCCAGCUCAAAGCCCUUCCAGGUUGUCGUAGAUACCAGGAAACGCAAAGGACUGAAGGAGGGUAUCCCCGCUCUGGACAACUUCAUCGACAAGUUGUAAACCAAAAUUCCCAGAGGCCUAAUGCCACAUCACGCCCUAGGCACUGCUCUGAAAUGAUUGGAUAGAUUUUUGCAAUGGAACUAUAAUAUUGGACUAUUACAUAAAACUGGAAUCAUUUCAGAUGUAUACCAAGUGCCUAGGGUUGACGCUAGGCUGUCAAGUUUGGAGUCACACAUGCUUGUAUUUUUUCCUCUCCACUGAAGCUGUACAGUACACGGAGCACAGUAGUGCUUGCCUAACCGACACACGGUGAAGGAGACCAUGGGGUAUCACUCAAUAAAGAUUCCAAAAUUAGA